GGCUAGCUGGAGGGAGGACUGACAGGCCGCGGGGAGGGUGCGGGGUAGACGGGGCAGUCUGUAUAACUGGGGAGCUGUUCCGCAGCAGCGGCCGCCUGCUGCCUUCCUUUGGCGCCACCACCCAGCAUCGCAGGAGGCAGGGCCGGGCGCUGUAAGUGCGGACCGCCAGCCAUCAGCCCCGGCAGCCAGGUCAUCGCCUCCAGCCCUCCGACAUUCAUUCCCAGGAGAAGGCUGCCCUGGGUCCCUCUCGACCUUUCCUAAAAGGGAGAUCCCUGGUCACUAGAUGAGUUCCAGAAGCAUCCACUAAGGCUUCUGCAGUCCUCUGCCAUCAGUUGACCUUCACCACAACCCGUCUCGCUCAGGAUGAGUGGCUUCCUCGCCUCCCUGGACCCCCGGCGAGUGCAGUGGGGGGCUGCCUGGUACGCCAUGCACUCCAGGAUCCUGCGCACCAAACCGGUGGAGUCCAUGCUGGAGGGAACUGGGGCCACCACAGCACAUGGCACCAAGCUAGCCCAGGUGCUCACCACCGUGGACCUCAUCUCGCUCGGAGUCGGCAGCUGCGUGGGCACUGGGAUGUACGUGGUGUCUGGCCUGGUGGCCAAGGAGAUGGCAGGACCCGGCGUCAUUGUGUCCUUCAUCAUCGCAGCCGUUGCAUCCAUAUUGUCAGGUGUCUGCUAUGCAGAGUUUGGAGUCCGCGUCCCCAAGACCACGGGGUCGGCCUACACCUACAGCUAUGUCACCGUCGGGGAGUUUGUGGCGUUUUUCAUCGGCUGGAACCUUAUCCUGGAGUACCUGAUUGGCACCGCGGCCGGCGCCAGCGCUCUGAGCAGCAUGUUUGACUCACUGGCCAACCACACGGUCAGCCGUCGGAUGGCGGACAGCGUGGGGACCCUCAACGGCCUGGGGAAAGGAAAACAAUCAUACCCGGACCUUCUGGCUUUGGUGAUCGCAGUCAUCGUCACCAUCAUUGUCGCACUGGGGGUGAAGAAUUCCGUGGGCUUCAACAACGUACUCAAUGUGCUGAACCUGGCAGUGUGGGUGUUCAUCAUGAUUGCAGGCUGCUUCUUCAUCAACGGGAAAUACUGGGCUGAGGGCCAGUUCUUGCCCCACGGCUGGUCAGGGGUGCUGCAAGGAGCAGCCACAUGUUUCUAUGCGUUCAUUGGCUUUGACAUCAUCGCCACCACCGGAGAGGAAGCCAAGAACCCCAACACAUCCAUCCCUUAUGCUAUCACUGCCUCCCUGGUCAUCUGCCUGACAGCAUAUGUAUCCGUGAGCAUGAUCUUAACUCUGAUGGUGCCAUAUUACGCAAUUGACACGGAAUCCCCGCUCAUGGAGAUGUUUGUGGCUCGUGGGUUCUAUGCUGCAAAAUUCAUAGUGGCCAUCGGGUCAGUUGCAGGACUGACAGUCAGCUUGCUGGGCUCCCUCUUCCCAAUGCCGAGGGUCAUUUAUGCCAUGGCUGGCGAUGGGCUCCUUUUCAGGUUCCUGGCUCACGUGAGCUCCUACACGGAGACCCCAGUGGUGGCCUGCAUCGUGUCGGGGUUCCUGGCGGCUCUCCUCUCCCUAUUAGUCAGCCUGAGAGAUCUGAUUGAGAUGAUGUCCAUCGGCACCCUCCUCGCCUACACCUUGGUCUCUGUCUGCGUCUUGCUCCUUCGAUACCAACCAGAAAGUGACAUUGACGGGUUUGUCAAGUUUUUGUCUCAGGAGCACACAAAGAAGAAGGAGGGCAUUCUGGCUGAGUGUGAGAAGGAAGUUUGCUCUCCCGUGAGUGAAGGGGAAGAGUUUUCCGGCCCAGCCACCAACACAUGUGGGGCUAAGAACUUACCAUCCUUGGGAGACAAUGAGAUGCUCAUAGGAAAAUCAGACAAGUCAACCUACAACGUCAACCACCCAAACUACGGCACCGUGGACGUGACCACAGGCAUAGAAGCCGAUGAAACUGAAAACAUUUAUCUCAUCAAGUUAAAGAAGCUGAUUGGGCCCCGUUACUACACCAUGAGGAUCCGGCUGGGCCUUCCAGGCAAGAUGGACCGGCCCACAGCAGCGACAGGGCACACGGCGACCAUCUGCGUGCUCCUGCUCUUCGUCCUCAUGUUCAUCUUCUGCUCCUUCAUCAUCUUCGGUUCCGACUACAUCUCAGAGCAGAGCUGGUGGGCCAUCCUUCUGGUCAUUCUCAUGGUGCUCCUGAUCAGCAUCCUGGUGUUUGUGAUCCUGCAGCAGCCAGAGAACCCCAAGAAGCUGCCCUAUAUGGCUCCCUGUCUCCCCUUUGUGCCUGCCUUUGCCAUGCUGGUGAACAUCUAUCUCAUGUUGAAGCUCUCCACCAUCACAUGGAUCCGGUUUGCGGUCUGGUGCUUUGUGGGUAUGCUCAUUUAUUUUGGGUACGGCAUCUGGAACAGCACCCUGGAAAUCAGCGCCCGAGAAGAAGCCCUGCACCAAAGCACGUACCAGCGUUACGACGUGGACGACCCCUUCUCAGUGGAGGAAGGUUUCUCCUAUGCCACAGAGGGCGAGAGCCAGGAGAACUGGGGCGGGCCUGCCGAAGACAAAGGCUUCUAUUACCAGCAGAUGUCAGAUGCACAGGCAAACACCCAGACGAGUAGCAAGGCGAAGAGCAAAAGCAAACACAAACAGAACUCAGAGGCCCUGAUUGCCAAUGAUGAGUUAGAUUACUCUCCAGAGUAGGAGCAAACACGCAAGAAAUGUGUAGAAAUGACGGUGAUUUAUUUUCAGUAACUUAACCUGUGGGCUAGAAGGUGGAAACGUCUUUGGCUCUCAUUUCAAAAACCCAGGCUUCCCCAAAGUCAGUCCCCAGUCAUAGCCUGUCAUCUGCCAGUUCUGCUCUUCAGGAUAGUUCUGUCCAAGGGCUUAACCCAGGUCCCAUAGCUGGUCCCCUUGUAAAAAACAAAAACAAAAAACAAAAAAACUAAACAAGAAGCUACAAGAAGUUCUAUCUUAGGUGCAACCAUCAGAGCUGAUGGCAGCAAACGUUUCCCAGGCCUUUGCUUUGCUGGUUGAAUCUUUUCGCUUCUUACUAAGGCCCCAAGAAGCAGGGAGUAAACUUCUUGGACCACACUGAGGCUGCAGCUCCUCCUGGAGAUGUGCCAAAGCAGGCAGGGGUGGGCACAAGGCAGCAUUUCAACCACCUGAGACCACAAGGGCAAAGCUCUGUUCUCAGCAUGCUGGGCUGAGAGCUGCUCCCUGAGGCCAGGCGGCAAGUGGCACUUCCUCAGCAAGCCACAUUUUGUCCUGAAAUCUCACAAAAACAAAUUCAUGGGGAUGCAUGCCUCUUGUUCUUCGCCAAGGUUCUCACAAUCUCCCAACUAGAACUUUAGGACACAGCAAAGGUCAGGGACUCUGAGACCAUGACCCCAAAGAUUUCAGACUCACCAUAAAGCAGUCAUGCAGACCCAAUAAUAUGGUGAGAAGCACCAUCAAAGCUCUACUUAAAUGGCCAG